UACGAAAUAACACAUUAGCAAGAACUUCACGAAUAAAUCCUCCCUAAUAUCACCGUAAUGUUUCUUGACUGCAAAUUGCCGUAAUAUAAAUUCGGAAGACUUCACCCAAACAAACAUUUAUAAUUCGUCUACCGUGGAGAAAGAACAUUCCGUUUGGAUGCAAUGAAUAAUUUAUUUGACACGAUGUAUAGUAACUAAAAGAGGAGAAUGACAAUGUGUUUACUUAAGAUGAAAUAAAAGGUUUUUGCGAGAGAGCCGAUUUCUCUUUUGUGGCUUUAUAAUGCUUUAUGAGGAACUGCUGAAUUGUGGAAAAGACGAUGGGCAAGAAGGAAAGUAAACUGAAAGCAGAAGUAAUUGAAGAACUCGUUACUAAGACAUACUUUAACGAGAAAGAAUUGCGACGUUGGUACAAAGGUUUUUUGAAGGAAUGCCCUGAUGGGAAUUUGAAAAAAGAGGAAUUUGCUGAAAUCUAUAAGAAGUACUUCCCUUCUGGCGAGUCAUCAGAAUUUGCAGCUUUCGUCUUCAAGGUUUUUGACAAAAAUAUGAAUGGAAAGAUUGAAUUUGAAGAGUUUAUGAUUGCCUUGUCUGUAACCUCGAGAGGACGUUUGGACGAAAAAUUACGAUGGGUUUUCACACUCUGCGACCUUGAUAAUGAUGGAUAUAUCACGAGGGCAGAGAUGUUGAAUAUUUUGGAGUCUAUACAUAAAAUGACGUCUGACACGGGAAUACUAAAAAUGGACACAGCGGAAAAACGUGUCAAUAAAAUAUUUGAUUCAAUGGACAAGAAUAAAGACGACAGGUUGUCGCUCGAAGAAUUUCUCGAGGGAUCGAAAUCUGAUCCGACAACUGUUCAAGCUUUGUCGCUGUAUGACGGACUAGUUUAGUAUGCAGCUAAAUUAUUUACGUAGAAGAUAAGUAAUCCAUUCAAGUGUAUUCUUUACACUCGUCGAUUCAACUAAACUAAACUAUCGUCAUUCAAA